AUGCCCACUAUAUUCAUCUCCACCCCCAGUGGUCUGAGAGAUAUCCAGAAACACGUUUUGGCUGAUGAUGAUGUCCACGUCGCUAUCGAAAGCGCUCUCAAAGAACUGCCCCCUAACGCCACAGCCAAGGGAUAUCUCAGCACCAGAGGAGGCCAGAGUCUUGAGAGCCUGUCUGCUGCAGCUGGUGACAUCUACUUGCGCUGGAAUAUGCGUCUUUGCGGUGGAAAGGGUGGUUUCGGGUCCAUGCUGCGAGCCCAGGGAGGACGUAUGGCCCGAAAGAAGAAUAGAAAGAAGACGGAGACGGAGAACGACUCUUUUCGAACGCUGGACGGCCGCCGAAUGAAGAGUAUCCGGCAGGCCAAGGAGCUUGGAGAGUACCUCAGCACAGCCGACGAGAUCAAGAAGAAGGAGGCCGAAGAGAAGAAACAGAAGCUGCUCAACAUUCUGCAGAAGGAAAAGACCAGUGGGUCCAGUCGAAAGAGCAAGUUUGAAAACACACGACUGCUGGAAGACCAUGAAGAUGCCGUUCAGAAGAUGCGAAAGGACGCGGAGAUGGCUGCUCUGGCUGUAUCCGAAAUUGAUACUGCCUUGUCAUCUUCUGCAGGAUCUUCCAGCUCGAAUGUGAAGGCCAAGGGUGGAGAUUUCUUUGGUAUGGACUUCAGCGAAUCCGAAAGUGAGUCUGAGUCCGACACCGAGUCUAUAUGA